AUGGACCGCACGGUUCCUGACCAUGAGAAGGCUCCCCAGGCCAGGACAAUUGACAACAUUCGUGUCCUGGGUCUGACCGACGAGGAUGCCGACUUUUACAAUAACACUACCCCUGAACAGCGCAAGACGAUCAUCAAGAAGGUUGACCGACGAUUGGUUCCUCUUCUCGCCGUUCUGUACCUGAUCUCACAUCUCGACCGAGCAAACAUCGGCAAUGCCAAGAUUGAAGGACUUGUCGAGGACUUGAACCUUGUUGGAAACCAGUACAACAUUGUUCUGAGUCUCUUCUUCAUCCCCUACAUUCUCCUUGAGAUCCCCAGCAACAUCCUCCUGAAGAAGUUCUCGCGACCAUCCGUGUAUCUUGGUAGUCUGGUUACGAUCUGGGGUAUCAUCAUGACUCUCCACGGGGUCGUCAAGGGCUUUGGCAGUCUUCUCGCUGUCCGCAUACUUCUCGGUGUCUUUGAGGCUGGCUUUUAUCCGGGUGCCGUGUACCUGUGCACAUUUUGGUACAUGCCCAAGGAUCUGGCUACUCGCAUUGCCUACUUUUACUGCACAAGUGCUCUGUCUGGUGCUUUCUCUGGCCUUCUUGCUGCUGGUAUUGCUCAGAUGGAUGGAGUCGGUGGUUAUGAAGGCUGGCGAUGGAUCUUUAUCUUGGAAGGCCUUGCAACCAUUGUCCUCGGAGUCAUGUGCUAUUUCCUCCUCAUCGACUCCCCGGCCCUAUCUGGCAAGUGGUUGACUCCCAAUGAGAUCCGCUUCCUCGAACUCCAGAGCUUCAUCAAGCAAGGCGGCCGAUUUUCUCAGGAGUCUGACGACAAGAAGUUUGACUGGCACGACAUGAAGAUGAUUCUCUGCAACUGGCGACUCUACAUGCAGGCCUACAUUCUCCUCUGCAUUUCAGCUUGCUCUUAUGGAACCAAGUUUACUCUUCCUUCCAUUGUCAAGGCCAUGGGCUUCACCAACACCAACGCCCAGCUUAUGACAGUUCCCGCGUACGUCGCUGGCGGUAUCUCUUCCGUCUGCUUCGCCAAGAUUUCUGAUCACUUCCAUUGGAGAAUGCCCUUCGUUGCUAUUCCUCUAGCCCUCAUUGCUAUCGGAUACUCCGUUGUUAUGGGCUUUCAGGGUGACAUGACUGGCAGCCACACCGGACCAGGAUACUUUGCCCUUGUGCUCACUUGCAUCGGUAUUUACCCUGUCCAGCCUGCCGGCAGCAGUUGGGCCGCCAACAACCUUGCACCUUCGAGCCGAAGAGCCAUUGGUGUCGCUUUCAACAUCUGCGUCGGUAACAUUGGUGGCAUUAUCGGCUCCUACAUGUACCUCGACAAGGAAGCUCCCCGCUACCAGACUGGUUUCGGCCUGUCGCUUGCUUUUGGCGCCUCUGGAAUGCUUGUUGCGCUGCUCCUCGAGCUGAGCUACAAGUGGGGAAACAAGACAAAGGCCAAGUUGUCUGAGGAGGAUAUUCGAUCUCGAUACACUGAGGAGGAGCUUCUGAAGCUGGGCGACAAGAGUCCUCUCUUCAAGUACACGCUGUAA